AUGGCGAGUCAAUUGUCAGAGUAUGAAAUUCAACGACUUCACAACAUAAAAAAGAACCACGAGUACAUGAAAAGUCUAGGACUUCCAGUUCCUGUAGUUCCAGCUGGGGUCCAAAGUCGUCCUCGUAGAGCGCCGGCUAAGAGAUGCAAAACACUAUCUAUCGGCCAAGGUGGAGAGAGUUCAGAUGAGAGUAGUGAUGACAGUGAUGACGACUGGGUUCCAGGGUCAGAAGAAGUCAGAAGAAGGAAUAAAAUGAUAAAAAGGUUUAUCCCAGAUUUUCGACCAAAACCUCAAACGGUGCCAGAUCAACAAAGACAGAUGAAAAUACAAGUGGUGGAACACGAACAGAGUUGCCCAACUGCAUUUGAGGAAUUAGGUAGGUUAGAAGAAGAGGUGGAUUCAAUCUCUGAUGAAAGUAGAGUGAUUUCUGUAAAGCAAGACAAGAAAACGCAACAGGAAAUCAGUAGACACCAGCCUCCUGAGAAGCGAAUAAAGUAUGCAACGCGAGGGAUGAUGCAUUCCUAUUGCGAGGCUGAAGUUCCAGACGAUGACCAUUAUAUUUUUUGCGAAGAAUGUCAAGACCUUCAUUAUGGUGACUGUCCAGUACAUGGGCCUUUGCAAAUCAUAGCUGACAGGAUUACAGCAGAAAAUUCAAAUCUGUCGAUUGCAUUGUCUUCACUACCGGCAGUUCUGGAAAUAAAGACUUCGUCAAUUCCUGGAGCCGGUUUAGGCGUUUUCAGUAUUACUCAUAUUCCGAAGCAAGUUCGGUUCGGCCCAUAUAAAGGGAAGAAGAUAAAAUGGGAGAGCAUUACUGAUGAGAUGAAUACAUGUUACAUUUGGGAGAUUGUGAGAAGUGGUAAGUUAAGUCAUUUCGUGAAUGGGCACGAUGAAAGCCAAAGCAACUGGAUGCGAUUUGUAAAUUGCUCUCGCUGCGAGGACGAGCAGAAUAUGGUGGCUUUUCAGUUUAGAGGCGAGAUCUACUACCGUACUUACAAAUCAAUCAAUCCAGGUGAAGAACUGCUGGUAUGGUAUGGAGAAAGCUACGCCAGAGAUCUGGGUAUAUCACUUGUUGAUGAUCAGGAUCGAAGCAGUACAAAAAGUGUUAUCGACUCAUGUGAUGGUUGUGGAAAGAUGUUUACUUCCAUAAACUUUCUUCUCAGACACAAGAAACAUUACUGUUCAAUAAGAACUGAGACAAGAAACUGGCAAUGUAAUAUUUGUGAGAAGAAAUUUACUUCAUUGGAUCAUUUUAACAGACAUAUCAGUUUUCACGUUAAUGAGCAGCAAAACCCUUCCAAAACGUCGUUCCCUAAAAACAAGUACCUUUGGACCGACAAGGGUAAAAGUUCACACAAGCGUUCACAAAGUGACAAGUCGUUAAACCAUUCUAGCGCUCUGACAAUGCACCACCAUACUCAGAGAGGUGAAAAGCUACACAAGUGUACACAAUGUGGCGAGUCGUUUCAACAAUCUGGUCACCUGACCAAGCACCUCUGCACUCACACAGGUGAGAAGCAAUAUCAGUGUACACAAUGUUGCAAGUCCUUUAGCAACUCGUGUGACCUGACCAAGCACCUCCGCACUCACACAGGUGAAAAGCCAUAUCAGUGUACACAAUGUUGCAAGUCGUUUAGCNGAAUAGCUAAUCUGAGCAAGCCUUCAACACUAUCCGCUGUUUUAGUAUCCACUUAA